UUGAGGAAAAAAAUCCCGCUGCGAAAUGCAGGUCCAGCUUCACGCGGCGGACCAAACGCGAUUCAUCACAUCGUAGUUUACAUCUUUACGCUCUAUCAAGGAUUAUCUGUCAGCUCUCUAAAGAUUUCUGGGUAUCCUCCUUCCUUGUUGUUUCGCAUCUUAUUUUGAGGAUGUCGGUCGCGGGGUUUAAGAAACAGCUGCACAAAGCCAGUCAGUUACUGAGCGAGAAGAUAAGCGGCGCUGAGGGGACCAAGCUCGAUGAAGACUUUAUGGAAAUGGAGCGGAAAAUAGAUGUCACAAACAAGUCUGUUUUUGACCUUAUAACUAAAACCACUGAAUACCUCCAACCAAACCCAGCGUCGAGAGCGAAGCUGGGAAUGCUCAACACCGUGUCUAAAAUGAGAGGGCAGGUGAAAACGACAGGCUAUCCUCAAACCGAAGGCCUGUUGGGAGACUGCAUGCUGCGAUAUGGAAAAGAGCUCGGAGAGGAGUCGUCUUUCGGAUGUGCGCUGGUGGACAUCGGCGAAGCCAUGAAGCAGAUGGCCGAUAUUAAAGACGCCCUCGAUAUCAAUGUGAAACAGAACUUCAUUGACCCACUACAGACUCUUCAAGACAAAGAUCUCAAAGAGAUUGUGCAUCAUCUGAAGAAACUGGAGGGUCGACGGUUAGAUUUCGACUAUAAGAAGAAGCGUCAGGGCAAGAUUCCCGAUGAGGACAUCAGACAGGCUGUGGAGAAAUUUGAGGAGUCCAAAGAUCUUGCGGAGAGGAGCAUGUUUAACUUUUUGGAGAAUGACGUGGAGCAAGUGAGUCAGUUAUCGGCUCUGAUUGAGGCUGCGCUGGAUUACCAUCAACAGUCCUUGGAGAUCCUGGUGGACCUUAACAGCAAACUACAGAGCAGGAUAGCAACAGCAAGCAGUCGGCCCAAAAAAGAGUUCAAGCCAAAGUCGAUUAUGUCCAGUCUGGAGACGGCCGAGAUCAAUCAGCACAAUGAACUUUCUUACACCUCAUCAGUCAAGACCACAGAUAUUCAAGUCAACCACACUGUAAAUGGAAAAACUGAUUAUUUCACCAACAAACAACCAUUGAGUCAAACAUGGCCUGAAAGCCCCAAUGGUAAUACCUGUAGCACACAAAUCGAGACACACUUGGACCAGCCCUGUUGUCGGUCUCUUUACGACUUUGAGCCAGAGAACGAAGGGGAGCUGGGCUUUAAAGAGGGUGACAUCAUCAUCCUCACCAAUCAGAUCGAUGAGAACUGGUAUGAAGGCAUGAUUAACGGCGAAUCAGGCUUCUUUCCCAUAAACUACGUAGAGGUCUUAGUGCCUCUCCCUCAAUGAGCGAGGCAGAACCGACAACCACACCCAAACCAGACUGUAUCGAGUAUCCUCUUUAUCAACCAACAUCCCGUGCUGCAUUUUCACCGAUGAAAGCCUUGCGUUUCACCACAGACAAUUUGAAAACCUUUUACAUUCAGUAUUUAUUUUUUAUUUUGUUCUACAAGCCUCAUGGUGCAAAAUCUUGACGUUUACACUGCAAAAAUAUUUAUGUAUGCCUCAUUUUCCAGUUAAAACAACUCUACGCUUAAAGUAAGAUAUGUUCACUGAAUAUAUCUUAUUGUUAGAUUUAUAGUUUUUUAUAUAUUUCAAACAAAAAUACCAAAUGUGAAAAGUCGUGAAAAUCAAAAUCAAAUUAUUUAAAUAUAACUGAAUAAUAGAAAACGUAAAAUAUCACAUCUUUCAUGUGUCACCCUGGUCCACAAAAGCAGUCAUAAGCAACACGGGUAUAUUUGUAGCAAUAGCCAACAAUACAUGUAUGGGUAAAAUAUAUCAUGCAAAAAAUCAUUAGGAUAUUAAAGAGGUAGUGCAUCGAAAAAUGAAAAUAACCUCAUGAUUUACUUACCCUCAAGCUAUCCGAGAUGUAUAGACGGUUUCAUUGGACACACGUGAUACACGUCUGGAUCUGAACUUUACUUCCGGUUUCGUUUUUUUAAUGGUCUGACUAGUUGCUAAACUGAUCUCUUGAACAAAUUCCUCGUCGAAAACAACAAAUGUUUUGGUUUUAUAGGUAAUCUAUGUGUUGUUUUUUUGCUUGUCAUAUAAAUAAACUACGUUUAAAGUACUUUUUUGUUAUUUAUUAUUAGCGGAGUUUACCGGAAGUUACGUGCGGACCGCGACAGCCGCUUGUUUAUGUUGUUACUGCUGAAACGUCUAUAUGACUAUCAUCUUUUAGACAGACAAAAUGAAAGUUAUUUUAGAAAAUGUUAUUAGCUUUAUAAUGAUGGUAAAUGGUGCUAUUGAUUUUAAAGCACAAAAAUGUGCAUUUUUCAUUCACAGAAAUAAUCCACACGUUAAUAAAGCUCUUUGAGGGCAAUCGAUGCAAUUUUGUAAUAAACAUUUACGUAUUUAAAACUUUAUAAUAAAGAUAUAUUGUAAAAUUCAUACAGUAAAUAUAUUAUAAAUGUUUAUCAUUAGUAUUAUGUGUUGCUGAGGACUUUAUUUGGAUAACUUUGAAGGCGAUUUUCUCAAUAUUUUUGAUUAUUAAAUAGUUGUAUCUCAGUCAAAUAUUGUCGAAUCCUAAUAAAAACCAUACAUCAUUGGAAAGCUUAUUUAUAAUAUAUGAAUAUAAAUCUCAAUUUCAAAAAAGUUACUCUUAUGACUGGUUUUGUCGUCCAGCACUGUAAAAAAUGAUGUCAAAUCAACAUAUAAUUUAACCAAUUAAGUUAAACAAUUUCAACUUAUUUCUAUAAGUUAUCACAGGUCAAAACUUAAAAAAGUAGGUUGAAUUGACUUGCUAAACCAGUGCACUGGAAAAAAUGAUUUUCAAGGAAAAAAAAUCUUAGUAUUUUUGUCUUGUUUUCAGUAAAAAUAUCAAAAAAUUCUUAAAUUAAGAUGCUUUUUCUUGAUGAGCAAAACGACCCAAGAAAAUAAGUCUAGUUUUUAGACCAAAAAUAUCACAUUUAAGUGAUUUUGUUCAUAAAACAAGCAAAAAAAUCUGCCAAUGGGGUAGGGCUGGGGAAAAAAUUGAUUUUUCGAUUCUUCGCUUUUUUCAAACGUGGUCACUUCAAAAUCGAUUCUCAAAAAGCAGAAUCGUUUUUUUCCAAAUUUAUUUCCGCAAAAAUUGAACGUAAGAUCAUCUAAGAUAAAAGAAGUUAAUCUAAUUACUAGUCUUCUUUACUAGAUGUCACCCUCUUUUUUGCCUUGCGCGAUGUUACCAAGGAGCGAGAGGCGAGCCUGUCAUUCAUUCAUUCAAUGCUUAAAAUGGCGGUUUCAGGUGCUUCAUCGACGUUGAUUUCACCUUCACAUAAAAAGUCAGAGGUAUGGAAGCAUUUUAGAUUUCGCAAGCAAGACGACGACGAUAGUGUUGUGGUUUUAAUUUCUUUUUAUUAAGCCUGAUUUAUAGUCGUGCGUAAGUUCUACGCCGUAGCUACGGCGUAGGCUAAUCGUAGCCUGUGCGUAGCUUGAUGUGCACCUUGCAAAAAUUUUAACAGUGCGUCAGUUCUACGUGGACCGCAAGCGCUGUGAUUGGUUCACCAGAACCCCUCCCGUCAGGUAAAAAACUGCGUCAUAGGUAUUUCCGUUUGCUACGGUGAAAACAAAGAUGAGCCAAGUUGAGGAGUGAUUUAACUCAAACUGCAACAAAAGUCGCUGUUUAUUUACUUCCAUCAUUGCUGGUCUUCUCAAAUCAUACACAAGACGUUGCUGUUUCUUCUUCGUUUGUGGCUUAACUUGCCAAGCGUCUUCUUCUCUGACGGUCGCGCUGCUACAGUGGUUACACGCAUGCCAGCAGUCUGCGCAUGUGUUUGCACGUCGACGUGGAGGACGACGCAAAAGUAUAAAUGAAAACCUACGCCGUAGGACCUACGCACGACUAUAACGAGCCCUUUAAUUAUCCACUUGUAAACUGCUGUUCACGGUUUUUUUUAUAAGUAUAGUAUUUGUGUUAAAUCUACGUUCAUUGAGUUGAAUCGAGAAUCGAGCAUAAAAAACCAACCCGAGAACCGGAAUCGAAAAUUAAAUCGAGAACCGAAAUCAAACCGAUUUGAUAGCUUGUGAAUCAAAAUCGAAUCGAUCUGGAACAUCUGAAUCGAUACCCAGCCCUACAAUGGGGUAAGCUAAUUUUUCUUUUAGUGUUUAAGAAAAGUGUUCAAGAUUUUUUUUGCUUACCCCAUUGGCAGAUUUUUUUUUUUUGCUUGUUUUAUGCCUAAAUCACCUUAAAUUUGAUAUUUUUGCUCUAAAAACUAGACUUAUUUUCUUGGGUCGUUUUGCUCAUCAAGAAAAAGCAUCUUAAUUUAAGAAUUUUUAGAUAUUUUAACUGAAAAUAAGACAAAAAUACUAAGAAAUUGUUUUCUUGAAAAUCAUUUUUUUGCAGUGUAUGCUGCAAUUGUUUUUACAGUGAGGGUCACAUAUAUAAUUUUAAAGCUGUUAUAAUAUUUUAACUGGAAAAUGAUGAACCAUAUUUUUUGCAGUGUAAUGUCAAUGUACAUUUUACAACGUUUUAGCUUCAACACAACAUUCACUUAAUUCUUUUGAAAAUGUGAUGUAUCCAAUGGGGUGUAUAGUGUACGUCAUUUGGCUGUAAUAUGGGGUUUACCUGCCUGCUGUGGUCUUACGUGUUUUUUGAAACACACUUUUUCUAUAAACUGUGACUGCUAGUCGUAUGAAUGUCCUCCCUCUCUCUAUGUCUUUGUUUACAUAUGACUUAUUGUGAUCUUGGGUAUCAGAGUAAGUAUCGCAAGUGUUCGCCCUCUCACGCCUUCAAGUGCUUUUUUAUUGGUGGCUGUAUUGCACUAACGAUUUUGAAUACACACCCAUGGAUGUGCACAUUUUAUUUUCGCUUCAUGUUUUCGAACAUUGCACUUUCUACUGUAUCUUUUUCUGUCGUGUUGAGAAAUACGAAUACAAAAUCUGAUUUUAUGGAAUGGACUUUAUGCUAAGUAUAUAUAUAUAGAAAGAGAGAGAGAGAAAUGAUUCAUAACGUUGUACUGUAUGUAAGGAAACUUUUUUGCUUGCCUAGUCGUACAAAGAAUGAUAUUUAAGAUUUUGCAGAUGUUAAGUCUGUCCUCAGUCGAAUCAUUGUGCUUAUCGAUUGCAUAAGACAGCUUACUUUAUAUCUGGACCAAUUAUGUUUAAACUGACAAAUUGUUUUCGUCCGCCAGAAAAUAUUUCGACAAUAUCAAACAUUAUUUUUGUUACUCUGAGCGGUAUGUUAUUCAUGCAUGAAAGUGAACUUUGAAUGACUUUUGUGUUUGUAUUGGCCAGAUACUGCGUUGGCCAUUAAAAAUCUUAAAAAAAUAA